CACCGGACGCUCUGGACCUCUAGGAAGUCCAGGAAGUCCAGGUUUGAAAGGAGAGGGUGGAGAUCCUGGUCCACAGGGUCCAAGAGGACCACAGGGUGUGAUGGGUCCUCCAGGCAAAUCAGGAAGAAGAGGUCGUGCUGGUGCUGACGGUGCACGAGGAAUGCCAGGAGAGCCUGGAACAAAGGGUGACCGUGGCUUUGAUGGUCUUCCUGGUUUGCCUGGAGACAAAGGACACAGAGGAGAUACAGGACCACUGGGACCACCAGGAUCUCAAGGAGAGGAUGGAGAGAGGGGAGAUGAUGGGGAUGUUGGACCCAGAGGACUCCCAGGUGAACCCGGACCUCGUGGUUUGCUUGGACCAAAAGGUCCACCUGGAAUCGCUGGACCUCCUGGUGUACGAGGAAAUGAUGGACCUCAUGGUCCUAAGGGAAAUUUGGGUCCUCAAGGAGAGCCAGGACCCCCAGGGAUGCAAGGAACUCCCGGAACUCAGGGAAUGCCUGGACCUCAGGGAGCUCUUGGACCCCCUGGAGAGAAAGGUCCCACUGGAAAACCAGGUUUGCCGGGAAUGCCUGGAGCUGAUGGCCCACCCGGUCACCCAGGAAAGGAAGGGCCUUCAGGCACCAAAGGGAACCAGGGUCCCAAUGGUCCUCAGGGAGCUAUUGGUUAUCCUGGCCCUCGAGGCAUCAAGGGAGCUCAAGGAAUCCGGGGGCUAAAAGGCCACAAGGGAGAGAAGGGAGAAGAUGGUUUCCCAGGAAUUAAAGGAGAUUUUGGAGUCAAAGGAGAACGGGGUGAGGCUGGCUUACCAGGACCAAGAGGGGAGGACGGUCCAGAGGGACCCAAGGGCCGUCUUGGACCGCCCGGUGAGAUUGGACCGUUAGGAACUGUUGGAGAGAAGGUAUGGCUGAUAAGAGGAAGCAACAUAGCAUGA